AAAAUUAAAAAAAUAAAGAAAAAAUUAAAUAAGUAGUGUAAACGAAGUGAUUAAAAAUAUUUAAAAGUCGCAAAUAUUUGUGUUAAGUGUUUGUGCAUAAUUUAAGUGUGGUUUUUCAUAAUUACAAGUACAUACAAACAUACAUAUAAUAUAGAUGUACAUAUGUACAUAAUUGCUAUACCUUUAGCCGCAUCCUUUGCUGGAGCGUCUUAAACGUGUAUUAAAGUAAAUUUUAAGCGAUAGCAACAACAACAACAACAACAGCGCACUAAAGUGAAUUCGUGCUCUCAUUCAGCCAAGCGGGCUUUCAAAAAGAGUAUUUUAUGCGAAAUAUUUGCACCCGGCAAACUCAGCGACAAACGCGAACGCGAGUGAGAGAAUAUGUAACGUACGAAAAACUAACCUACAAAAAAUAAAAAAUAUAAAAAAGUAAAAAUAAACAACAAAGAUCCAUAAAACCAAGUAAACUAUAAAUAAUCGCAGCAAAUCGAGGUAUUGCAAUAAGAAAAUUAGGGAGGCUCUUCUUUACCACGACAGCUGCUAUUUUUCGGUUUCCUCACAGAGUUAAUAAUAACGUGAGUGCGCGAAUGUAUGCAUGUGUGUGUGCGUGUUUUUUGAAGUGCAUAUGAAUAUUUAAUAUAUGUAUAUGUAAAUAAAUAUGUACAUAUGUCUACACCAGGCGUUGAAAUAGCAGCUGCUUCAGCAUAAAAUUGGAUUUGAUGCUAAAAAUAACAGUAAAAUGAUUAAAAUACCAUUUGAAUGUAAAAAUAAAUUGAUUCCAGUGAUUCUUAAUUGAAAGAAAAUAAAAAUCACUAAAAAUCUUGUAUUUUAUUAUAACAAAUAACGAGCUGAAAAGCGCUUGUUAAAGAAUCGGUGAAAAUUUAUUUCCCUUGUUAUUACAAAAAGCUUGUGGGAAAAGUGUUCUUAAAUAAUCAAAUACACUUGUGAUUCCUUUCAAGAAAUUUAUGCGAGAAAUUUCUAUAUUUUAUUUCAAUCAAAUGCAAUAAAAAUCGAUUUUAAAGCACAAAAAAAAAUUCUACAAAGUGUUUUUGAGUUUCAAAAAAUAUAUUUAGCAAACCAUUAAAAACGCAAAAGUCUAAAAGAUCCCCCACUUUCCCCUUUUUUCACUACCAACUCCUCCAAAAUGUCCCACCACAACACACAAGGACAGCGCUUGCGGCAAGCGUCUGCCUUUAUUGACCGCCCGAACUGUUGGCUUUUUAUAAUUAUCACCACAUUCUCAUUAAUCUGUCUAAGAAUGCCGCCACAGGCCAACGCUUGGCCCGAACAUACACACACACAUCAACGUCAUCAUCGUCAUCAGUCGUUGGCGCAUAGCUAUGUUGCGGCAAAUGGCACUGUCACCGGCGAGAGUAAUAGUUCAGCAGCAACUACCAGCAACAGCAUCACAUCCACUGAUACAGCCAGUUCUAGCAUUAGCAACUACAAUAAUAAUAAUAAUAACAACAACGUGUCUACUACAUUGGGUAUUCAUCAUACCAAUUGGCGUCGCAUCGAAAUGAUGGAUGCCAAUGGCCUGUACUGGUUGGAGUGGUGGCUGAAAGGUGCCGCCUCAACGAAGGAGAUACAUUUUCGUGCCACUGUCAAUACGCGCGGUUUCAUUGGACUUGGUUUUGCGCGGAAGAUACCCCGUAUGGCGAAUGCGGAUUUGGUAUUGUUAUGGGUCGAUGAUCGUACCGGCAAAGUGAAUGCAUUGGAUUGUCAUGGCUCCAGCAAGCAACCCAAUGCAGCACCAAUACAAGAUGACACGCAAAACUAUAAUGUGAUUGAUGGUGGACAAAAUGGUACGCACACUUGGGUUGAGUUUUCGCGUAAACUGGAAACCUGUGACCCCUACGAUUUACCACUGGGUGUGGACACCGUUAAAGUACUAUGGACAUUCGGUGAAACAGAUCCGAUUUAUGGUGAUCUAAAAGGACAUGGUAAAAAUCGUGGUUAUAAAUCACUUAAUCUACUCGGACCCAUGUUUCGAAAAGAAGUCAACUCUGAUAUACACAAAUGGGAUGUAACAGUGCAAAACGUUACCAUUGAGCGCAGCAUGGACACAUUGUACUGGUGCAAGAUAAUACGUGCGCCCACGCUAAAUGAGAAACAUCAUAUAAUUGGCUAUGAAGCUUUGCUGUCACGAGAGAGCAACACCAACCAACCACUUGUGCACCAUAUGACACUCUUCGAAUGUUCGACAAAGUCAUAUCCCGGCUCGGAUCCACACUCCUGGGAGGUGUGGGUGAAAAGUAGCGGCGCGGUAUGUAACAGUAAUUUAUUGACGCCACAUGAUUGGGACUCAUGCAUAACGCCAGUGGCGGUGUGGUCUAUUGGCUCGACAGGACAAUUCCUGCCGCAACAUGUGGGCGUACCGGUGGGUGGCAAACAAGGCGCUAAAUAUUAUAUGCUCGAAAUACACUACGACAAUCCGCACGCACAGCAAAUGGUCGAUCAUUCGGGCUUCCGUAUACAUUACACGAAUCGUUUGCGUCCCAACGAUGCCGGCAUAAUGAUAUCCGGUGUCUCAGUUUCCGACACCCAACUCAUACCGCCCGGUCAGAAACUGUAUCGUAAUAUUGGCAUCUGUGGACCAUCUUGCUCAAAUGUGAUGUUUCCAGCGGACGGUAUUAAAAUCAUCUCCGGCACCUUACACUCGCAUCACGCUGGCCGCAAAAUGACACUGCGGCAUGUACGCGACGGCAAGGAGUUGGAGCGCAUUAUUGAGGAUGAUAAUUAUGAUUACAACUAUCAACAGGUGCGUCAGUUGGAACGCGAACGCGUCGUCCUGCCGGGCGAUUACAUUAUCACGGACUGCGCUUAUGAGACAUUGAGCCGCAAGCAUCCGACCUUCGGUGGUUAUUCAACCAAACAGGAGAUGUGUCUGUCUUUUAUCACCUAUUAUCCGCGCAUUGAGUUGGCUGGCUGUUAUAGCAUGACACCGGUGCGGGAGUUUUUCGAAACAUUUGGCGUUUAUCAAUUCUACUCGCUCAACAUGACAGAUGUGGAGAAUUUAUUCCUCUACAAUGGCAAUGUCUUGGACUAUAUACCGAAUACGAUUUAUGCCAAAACGAAGAAGAAUCGCGCUAAUAUGACCGAUGAGGAGCGACUCUAUGAGGAGUCGUUAUUGAAUAAACUAAUAAUUUCGGAUCCCGUCGAAUUUCAUGAUCGCACAUUUUUAUCGCAUCUCAAGCAGUUGCCUUGGUCUGAGCCGCUUUUUACGAAACGCGUCGAACAGACGAUGAUCACGGGCAAGCACAUGACCUUCUGUCGGGUGUCGAAUGUUUCUGUGUCAAUACCCUCCGAGAUUAUUCGUUAUCCCAACUUUACGACUUUCGUUAAGGAGCCCAGCAUCUGUCCAUUCCAAUUGCUUAUAGAUAGUGCGCCACUAAGUAUGGCCACAAGGACCGCGCUUGGAAGUCAUCUCUCACUAAUUUCAUCGUUUAUAGUUUUACUCUCAAGCUAUUUGUGUUAACUCUAAGCUAAUUUCAUUUAAUAUUUUUAAUUUUUUAUUUUAAUUUAUUUUAUUUUAAUUUUU